AUGGCUUUCUACUUUGCUCUCCUAAACGUCUCAAACAAAAGAAGUGAGGACAAAAAUCGUCAAUCACAAAGGCACACAGCAAGAAGUCAGCGGCAAGCUCGACGACAUAGCAUUGCCAGCCUUGAUGAGCAGCCAUUGAAUGACUAUCGAUUACUGCCAAAACCCUUGGUUGUGACAAAUGAGCUCGCCACCGGGCAUUACCUUCCCAAUUCUGCGUCAAUUAAAGAAGAAAUGAAUCGAGCCAGAGAAUCAUCACUUUCAUCUAGAGACGAAACACCGCCACCACCAAAGAUUGAGCGGAACUUGAUCAAAGCCAAUUUGAGACAUUCCCGUCAGCAACCAAGUUUCAAUUCGUACAAGAAAAAUCACAGAGAUAACCUUUUCCACGAUCGACGGGAAUCAAGCGAAAUCGACGAACCGACGUGUAGUCGACGAUUUGACAACGAUCCCUACAAUAAUCGAGAAGACAGUGCAAGCGGAGAGGAUGAGUUUCGAAGUAUCAAUUCUCGCUUCAGAAGGGGAUUCUCCCCAUUGGGUUCGCCCGUGCGCACUUGCUCUGCAAAAAGUUCUCGAGAAGAGAGCCGAAGAACGAGCAAAGCUAGCAGCAAUUCAAGUGAGAUCAUCGCCUCAAUAAAUGGGCGAUAUGGUGCAAAAUCUUCGCAAAAUGACGGAACGGAGAAUAAGGUGAUUGCCAGUAAACGAGUCACUUUUGACAACAAGAACAACUCCGUGAUAAUCGAGGGUCAUUUUUUAGAAGAGCGUCUUCACUGGGCGGACACGUCUGUUCCCAGUGUGGACACACGCUUGAGAACGGUGACUUCAGUAGGAGAUCUUGGACAACACAGCACAAAUCAAGUCAAGAAAGUGGCAGCAAAUGGCGUUGGCUCAUCCGAGCAAUAUUUAGAUGUUCUCGUCUUCUUCGUCGCCGAUCGACUUCAGAUCGAAGUGGUCGAGGAACGUCCUUCUGUAAUCGCGGUUUCCUUCUUGCGAAUGAAGAGCUCUCGA